AGCUUUUAGUGCAAUAUAUUAUACGUCUAUUUCAUAUUUUCAUCCAAUAAAUUUCUCUUCUUAAGUAUUUUCCCUUUUCUUGAUCAUGAUGUCUACAGAUUUUGGUAAAAUUAGUCGUGUGCACAAUAUACCAAAAGAUGGGAUGACGAAUUUAAUCCGUUCAAUUGCGGCAGAGAAGCAUGAAGCUGGUCAACCAUUUUAUUUACUCGAUUUGGCCACAAUUGAGAGGCUUAUGGACAAAUGGAAUUAUUCUUUUCCAAAUAUAAAGCCUUUCUAUGCCGUCAAGUGCAACAAUGAACCUGCACUUGUUACCAAAUUAGCCAAGUUGGGUGCUAAUUUUGAUUGUGCUAGCCUACUCGAGAUUGACACUGUCUUAAGUCACGGAAUUAGCCCAAACCAAAUCAUUUUUGCUAAUCCGUGCAAGGCUAUUUCCCACAUCAAGCACGCUGCCGCUGUCGGGGUCAAUCUCACAACUUUUGAUUCCAAGCUCGAAGUUGACAAAAUCAAAAAAUGGCACCCGCAAUGCCAUUUGUUGCUCCGAAUCAAAGCCCCUAGUGACAGCGGCUCGUUGCGCCCCCUCGGGAAAAAAUUCGGAGCACUGCCCGAAGAAAUUGAACCCCUCCUGCAUUACGCUUGCAAUGUGGCUGGCCUAAAAGUUGUAGGCGUUUCAUUUCACGUCGGAUCUAUAGCACAAGAUCCCAACAUUUAUCGCGAGGCGAUCGCCAGUGCCAGGGGCGCGUUUGAUGUAGCUGAUUAUCUUGGAAUUCCUAAAAUGAAAAUAUUAAAUAUUGGCGGGGGAUUUAGAUCAACCCCGUUGUUUGAGGAAAUAGCAGGUGUAGUAAAUGAAGCAGUCCGAAAUUAUUUCCCUGAGCCUAAUUAUUUAACAAUAAUUGCGGAGCCAGGGCGAUUCUUUCCUGAAACGGCUUUUACUUUAGUUACACAUGUGAUUGGCAAAAGAGUUCGAGGUGAGAAAAUAGAGUAUUGGAUUGACGAAGGGAUUUAUGGAUCGUUUAGGCCAACACUUUACAACAAUUGCUUUGUGGGUACGAAGACAAUUUCAAUGAAAGAAUGUUGUGAAAUAUGUGAAUCAUCGACCAUUUACGGACCAAGCUGUGACUCCCUUGAUGCAGUGGCCGUUGACAUAACAUUGCCGGAGCUUCAGUUGGAUGAUUUGAUAGUGUUCUAUAAUAUGGGCGCAUACUCAAAAUGUGCGGGAACCAAGUUUAAUGGAUUUGAUAUGUUAUCUACACCUACCUAUCUUGUUAGCACAAAUUCUACAUAAAAUUAUAUAUAUAUAUGUCCGGAACAAAGAAAGAGUUGGACCUAACUUUCUUUGUUAUUUUCUUAAUUCUCUGCAUCAGCAAUAUUAUGGUCGAAUAGAGCAUUUGUUUCCAUUAA